GCCCAAGGUUAUGUUGUUCGGCCGCAUGUAAUCUGCUCGAUUGUCCUCGUCAUCUUUCAGUUGAAACCUAUCGUCCAUUGUAUGUUGUGAUUGGUGAUUCGCUUUGUACUCUGUGUCUACACGUUAUAAAGGAGAGCCAGUGAGAGUCAGUACACCAAAGAAACAGCAGUUGGUCUCCGUAGUUCCGAUACGAGCGAUUGAAGUCAGACAAAAUGUCGCUCGAUUUAUAUUACGUAUUACCCAGUCCCCCCUGCCGUGCGGUUAUGCUGCUUGCAAAAACUCUAGGAUUGGAGCUGAACCUAAAGAAAACAGACUUGUUGGCAAAGGAGCAGCUUAAACCAGAAUUCUUAAAGAUCAAUCCUCAGCACACCGUCCCAACGCUUGUAGACGACGGAUUUAUUCUUUGGGAGAGCCACGCCAUUCUCGGCUACCUGGUAAACCAGUACGGCAAAGAUGAUUCACUGUAUCCCAAGGAACCGAAGAAACGGGCUGUCAUCGACCAGAGAUUACAUUUCGACACUGGAGUUUUAUUCCCAAGGUUGGCAGCAUUCUGCCUCGGACACCGAGGGGGAAAGGUCCCCGAUGAGGAAAUAAGGACCAAAGCAGAAGAGGCGUUGGAGUUCUUGGACAAGUUUAUGGAAAAUCAGGAAUGGGUUGCAGGAAGCAGCAUUUCCAUUGCUGACUACUCCGUCGCAGCUGACAUAUUACUUGCUGAUGUCAUUGACUACGAUCUCAGCAAAUUCCCAAAUGUUUUAAAGUGGUAUUCCGAAGUGAAGAAGGCAAUUGUGGGUUACGACGAGAUACAGGACGCUGGUGCGGCCGGGCUGAAGCAAAUGUUGGCCACCCCUCCACAGAAGCCACACGCAGCUGCACCAGCCAAGAUGACGGUCGACCUGUAUUACUCGCUUGCCAGUCCUCCCAGUCGAUCCGUUUUGCUUGUUGCUAGAGCCCUAGGCGUCGACCUCAACUUGAAGGAUACAUCGGUGAAGGACAACGAAAACAGGACGCCAGAGUUCCUCAAGAUCAAUCCUCAGCACUGUAUCCCUACGCUGGUGGACAACGGCUUCGCGCUGUGGGAAAGUCGCGCCAUCCUCGGCUACUUGGUGGACCAAUAUGGCAAGGACGAUUCUCUGUAUCCCAGGGACCCCAAACAGCGCGCUGUUGUUAACCACAGGCUGUUCUUCGAUAUUGAUAUCAUCUUUCCAAGACUUAAGGAAUAUUUCACGUUUGUCAAAGAGGGAAAAACUCCUGAUGCAGAUGCAGCCGCCAAAGUAGAAGAGACGUUUGAGUUCCUGAAUAAAUUCUUGGAAGGGCGGGACUGGCUUGCAGGCAGCAAAAUUACCAUUGCAGACUUCGCAGUCGUAGUUAAUGUUUCGAUCAUGGAGGUUUUUAAAGCGGACAUCAGCAAGUUCCAGAACGUGACCCGGUGGCUUGCCAAAGCAAAGAAGACGAUUGAGGGCUACGACGAAAUACAGACUGCUGGUAAUGACCUGAUUAAAAGACACAUUGAAGCUCAUGCAUCAGGUCAAAAGUGA